GCAGGAACACAGGAGGCUCUGUGUUUUAUGAAACGGAGUGGCGGGAGUUAGUGAAUCACACAGAAACAGAAAGAAAGUCUGCUUCAAGUCCUAACUAAAACAACCUAGCACCGCUGCAACAAGCCCCACGAAGGAUGCCCGUGCAGGAUACAGCAGAAAAUAAGGUCGCUGCAAAUCCCACGUACCGCAGGAAAGCUACGGCACGGCUGCAGAGAGCUCGGUCCUGAGUGGGCUUUCUUUUGUCCCGCUGAAUGCAUGCGGCCUAGUGGGUGGAUAAGUGAAGUCACAUGGUCACUUUUCCUUUUUCCCACACAAACACACCCACACCCUCCUCCAUGCAGCCACUCUUCAACUCACUACUUACCCGUAGCAGGCAGUCUGCUCCGUCUGGAUACUGGAGCGGCACAAGUUGCGCCGCGCAGGCUUUCUGUUUGUUUAUUUAUUUACUUAUUUAUUUUUUUCCAAAUCCAAAAAAUGUACCCGAAUCUGGAGUAACACCCGCGCGGAUCACUUUUUUUUUUUUUUACCCAGCAUCUGUCUGAGAUCUUCGACAUCACGCCGUCCGGAGGCGGCCACUUUGUUUCAGAGGAAGGAGCGGGAGGGCCUCGCCGGGUGCGGACAUGAGUCUGGUGGACGUGAGACAGACGGCCGGGUCUCUGACCCUGUCCCUGUCCAGCAACGACUCCAAGGAGCGCUACUUCGACCGCGCGGACGACAGCGACCCCGAGUGCCUCCGCAGCAGGACCAUGUCGCCGGACCUGAGGCAGGACUUCAACGUGAUGGAGCAGAAGAAGAGGGUCACCCAGAUUCUGCAGAGUCCGGUAUUUAAAGACGAGCUGGAAGGCCUGAUUCAGGACCAAAUGACCAAGGGAAACAACCCUACAGGUCUCCUGGCGCUGAGACAGAUUGCUGACCUGGUCAUGGCCAGUACCACGGGAGGGGCCGGCCCCUUGACUUCCCCCAUCAGCUUUGGGACUGUGACUCCAGUCAACGACUUGUUUGGCAUCGAGUCUCCCACCUUUGCCAAAGGGGAGAAGCAGAGUCGCUGCAGGCUGGCCAGCCUCUACAGGCUCAUUGACCUCUUCAGCUGGUCUCGUUUUACAAGUUCCUACAUUACGGUGCGCGUCAGCAAAGAACAGGAUCAUCUUCUUAUCAGUCCGAGAGGUCUGUCUUUCCCUGAGGUGACGGCAGCAAAUUUGGUGAAAGUGAACAUAAUAGGGGAGGUCGUGGACCAGGGUUCUACUGAUCUGGGAAUUGACCAUUUCGGAUUCGCUCCGCAUGCUGCCAUUUACUCCAUGCGCCCCGACGUCAGAUGCAUCAUCCACAUACACACCCCAGCCACAGCUGCGGUGUCCUCCAUGAAAUGUGGAAUCCUGCCCAUUUCCCAGGAGGCUUUGCUUCUGGGAGACGUGAGCUGCUUCGGUUACCAUGGCAGCCUGGAUAAUAAAGAGGAGAAGGUGGAGUUUCAGAAAGCUCUGGGGCCGACUGCCAAGGUGAUGGUUCUCAGAAACCAUGGGCUGCUGGCUUUGGGAGAAACAGUAGAAGAAGCUUUUCACUAUGUGUACCACUCACAGCAAGCCUGCGAAAUACAGGUGAGGGCUUUGGGGAGUUCGGGGAGCGUGGACAACCUCGUGCUCCUGGACAGGGAGAAGCUUAAACCCUUAACCCAGGGAGUGGCCGCUGCCGGGGUGGUGAUGGACAAUGAGGUCAAGUGGAAGGUGGGCGAGGCAGAGUUCGAGUCCCUCAUGAGGAUGCUGGACAACCUGGGAUACAGAACGGGCUACUCCUACCGGAACCCCAUCGUCCGUGAGAAACCUCGCUCUAAGAACGACGUGGAAAUCCCUGCUACCGUUUCAGCCGUGCCGCCGGAGGACAGCGAGAUGGGCCUUCGUAGCCCCUUUAAGUUUAUGAUGCAGAAACAGCAGAGAGAAAGGACCCGGUGGCUCAACUCACCCAACAGCUACUUGAGGGUCAACGUUCCUGAGCAGUCACCCAGUGGGGACAUCAGCCCCAGAACCAAAACCAUGUGGAUGAAAUCCUCACAGCCAGGAAACAGCGUUGGCACCCCAAUAAAGAUCGAGGAUCCCAACCAGUUUGUCCCUCUCAACACGGAUCCCACUGAGGUUUUGGAUAAGAGGAACCGGAUAAAGGAGCAGCACAGAGGUGACCAGAUGACUCCAGGGCCAAAGUCUCAGUUACUAGCAGGCAUCGUUGUGGACACCGUAAAGGGACCAGCUUUCAUCAUUGAGGAUGAAGAGCAGACCCGAUCUCUUCCCCCCAACCCUUUCAAUGAGCUCACGGAGAAGGUGCUGGAGGAGUAUAAGAGCCUGGUUGAAAGAAGGAAGCAAGGCCAAGAAGAAGAUGAUGAUGCCACCGAUGCAGAUGAGAUGACCACCUUUGAUGGCUCCACCAUCUCCCUCUCCCUCUCCCCCAUAAUGACACCAGCCAAAGACGCAAUACCCAAUGGGAAAGACCACUUGGCAGAGAUGGAGGAGGAUCUGAGCAUCGAGGUAUCCAAGCUGAGCAUGAGCACCUCGGAAACGGUGGAAAUCUCCAUAACAACGAAGGAGAAGACGGGGGAGGCUCAGACCCCGGAGAGCCAAACCAAGUCCCCCAAGAAGAAGAAAAAGAAGUUUCGCACGCCGUCAUUCUUGAAAAAGAGCAAGAAAAAGAAGGAGGAGAAAGAAAAAACGGAAGCUUGAGAUGAUUUACUGUUGAAGCAAUGAGUAUUUUUGCGAAGAUGAAUUGCCUUCCUACUUUGUAGUCUGUGGAAGGGAAGUGAAAUAAGAGAAAUGACUGAGUCAUUUAGUCAGAAAAAUCUCCCGGGACUGUGUUGUUUUUACACAACCUGCACAUUCCCCUCAUUCACGGCUAUUAUUUAGUGUGAAAGUUUUUCCAAGAUGUCAAAGCAGAUGGUUAUAUGUUUGUUAUCUUCCUGUGAGAAUUUGUGAUUAGCCAGCGAGGGCUCAGUGGAGUGGAAUCAAAUCAAAAGUGAAUGCAAAGCUGCAUUUUUGUGGUUAGUACCCAUAUUUUUAAUGGGGUUCAAAAAUGGGUAUCAAGUCUUCAGAGUUCAUUAAUACAUCUGAUAGGACCUGUUGUGUUGUUCUUUUCUUUUUUUUUUUUUUUUGCAUUGUUGAAUGUAAACUGACAGCUAAGAAAAUUGUUUAACAAUUUUAAAUUUAACAGUCAUACCAGUAGUGUAACAGUGGCAGAAGAUAUUCAGAUUAUAUGAUGUUUAGCCUUAUAAGAAGUACGACUUGUAUCUACUAGUUCUAGUAUCUGGUAAUAAUAUAUGUUGAUUUAUAUUCUAGGUAUUACACUAUAGUGUUUGAUAGUAUUUACGUAUUUACACGCUAACUCUUUUACUUAACAUGCUGUGAUUGAUAAUUCAGUAAUAAUUCCCGUUUUAACAUUUCUGUGGUAUUGUUCCCGUGGCUGCUGCUUUCUUGUAAUUGUGACAAGGAACUGACUGUGACUGACAGAAGGAGCUCUGAAAAAGUGUUGCAUAUUGUUUGCGAGUGACAAAGUUUGACUUUUAUAGAAUCGACGGAAGAAUCUGUGCUUUUUUUUUUUUUUUUUUUCUCGAUGCUGACAAUGUACGUGCCGAGUCUGAAUCAUGGAAAGUUGAUGGGUGUUUUGACUUUGGUUUUAUCCAAAUUGUCAGUUGAUGGCUAUAUGCUGUGGAAAGCUUUUUCUUUGUAGCCUCUGUUGAUAUGAAGUAUAUUAGAGGACCAUAUAUUUACAUCCCAGUCAAUAAUGUGAAUGAUUUCUUUCAACCCAAAGGGAGUGAACUCUUUGCCUUUGUAAAUAGUUUUUUUUUUUUUGUGACAUUCUUUUGUUAUGCUAAGCCAAAUGUUAAUGAGACAUAGAAAUGUGACAGUACAAUCUAAUAACAAUAUUUUAACAUUAAUCAUGUUUUUUUUUACCCACCUUAAUUAAGCUUUCUUAUUUACUGAACAUGCACAGCUUGUGUUUACAAAUGGUAUUACCUAAGUAAUUUGUGUGCCAUGUGCAUGUGUUUCCUCUGUUGUUUACACUGCUGUUUGUAUCCCCUAGUUUAGUUUUUCCCACGGUGCUUUACAUUCCAGUCACCUUGCAGCAAAGUCAGUCUUUUCAAACUGCCUUCCACCUGAUGUAAUAAAACCUGGGAUGCGAUAUCAUAAA